AUGAAGUCAUUUUCUAGUUCGGCGAUCAAUAAAUCGGGCAAGAAGUUUGCGCCGAAGGUGCCUGCCCGCCGGGCCGCGCCUGCUGCAGCACCAGCGCGUCGGCCAAGUGCAGCUCAACAGACACAGGCAAAAGCUGUACAGGCCCAGGCGACCCAGGCGACCCAGGCAACUCAGUCAGAGAGGGAUGAAGCGGAGGCUACGCCUGUCACCGUACAAUCUGCUUCCCCAGCCAUACCUGAGCCAUCUGCAGUUGAAGAGACACCAGUCCCACCGGCACCAGUUGCACCAGCAUCAGUUGCACCAGCAGUCCCAGCUCAGACUCAGGAAACGACAGAUAUAGCACCAACCUCAACCCCAACCCCAACUACUAUACCUACACCCACUACCAUACCUAUUCCGUUCCCGAAGCGGAAAGCACCCGCCCCAACCCCGACCCCCGAACCAGUCCCGACUCCUCCAGCAACAAUCACCCCUACAACCAGAAUUGAAGGUUCCGCCUCUCCUCGCACUCUACCUGCUGAACCAAGCAUCCUCCCCUCGAUUGAACAUGAUGUGGAACAAAUUGUCGCAAGUGAACUCACACUUGAAGCUGUGCAGUCCGCAUCGAACCUCAGCUCCAUCACUGAGCCUCCUCCAGUCUCGGUUUCGACUUCCGAGGCACCAGAAACACCUCCAGUUCCAAUUAACUUGAAGGGGGCCAGAAAGACUUCCGAAAUCACAAAGGUCACCAAGCCCAGAGCUAAGCCACGGCCCAAGGGUCCUCUUGCAACUCCCCCAGCCACGCAACCCCGAGCACCUACAGUCGGACGCACCAGUGAGACACCAACAACCUCCGUAGCGCCAUCUGUUGCUCUAUCCACUCCAGAGGCCAGUCAAGCUUCUACCACUACUACAAGGAAACGAAAGGCAUCGAAGGCAGCGGCUUCAGAUGCCGACGGAACUCAGAAACCUAAAAAGACCCGUCGCCGCCAACGUGAAGUUACACCUGAAGAUGCGGAGACCGUCGAGAUUUUGCCCAACGUCAUCAAGAUGUCCGAGCUCUGUAAAGAUCUCAAGACUGGCCGAAAGUCAAAGCGUGAGGUUGAGCUGCGUCGGCUGGAUGUGGAGGAGCAGGAGCGAAAGCAGAAAGCGCAAGAAGCAGGAACCCCUGCAGAGACGCCCAAGAAAUCUGAUGGAGAUAAGAACAAAUCAGAUGAAGAUCGCCUGGAUGAAGGUGCAGCUCAAGCUGGCCCUGUCAUGCGCAUCGUUAACGGUGAGAUUGUGCUUGAUGCGACCUCGCUGGAGGUGGAUCGUCACGCGGAUGCGCAGCGGGAUGUGGGCGACAUGAUCACUGUGGAGGAGAACCAACUUACCCGACGAGUCAAUCAAUCUACUUAUGGCAAGCGAUCUAAGACCGAGACGUGGGACGAGGAGAACUCUGAUUUGUUCUAUCGUGGUCUUCGCAUGUUCGGAACGGACUUCCAGAUGAUCAGCAAGCUGUUCCCGGGGCGUUCUCGUCGGCAAAUCAAGCUCAAGUUCAACAAUGAAGAGCGAAAGGAUCCGCAGCGCAUCACAGCAACCUUGCUAGGUCCUCGCGAGAUCAUCGAUAUCGCAACUUACGAGGAGAUGACCAAUCAAACAUACGAUGAUCCCACUGAGAUUCAACGGGAACUCGAUGCAGAAAGAGAAGAAAUUGAGAAGCAGCAUGAGAAGGAGAAAAAGCUGCAAGAAGACAUGCUGCGAAAUCCCACCGGUGCUGGCACAGAUGGGAACGCCGUCGAUGAUAAGACCAACCUUGCGCCUACCAAGAAAAAGCGUAUGACCAAAAAGCAGAUGGCCAGCGCUGCUGGUGGCACGGAGGAGGUUAUUGGUACCAUUGAUGAUUAG